UUGCCUGCCAUACAAUUCGUCUUAAUUAUUCGUCAUUUUUGUAAUUUUAUUAUAAUAAUUUGUAUAUGUUUAAAAAUUUCAGUGGAUACUUUAAACAAAUGUAGCAUUAAAGAUGAUGAAUGUAUGAAAACGUUUUAUCAGUCAUUGAUUCAAAAACUCGGAGAGAACGGUGCUCCUGAAAUUGGAAUAUAUAAAAUUGAGCCCAUAAAAAUAACAGACUCUACUGUCUCGAUUCUGGGAGUUUUAAAUAUUACCUUGAUAGACGGAGAAGUUGCGGGCAUAACAAGUUGUAAAAUUACUCAUUUCAGUUAUCACCUAGAAGAUUCAAUUAAAAAGGCGUCAAUACGAACCUUAUGUGACCGCCUCAUAAUUCGGGGCCAUUAUCAAAUGGAAGGAACUGGUGCGCUUUUUAAAGGAACAGGCAUUGAAAAUAACAUUCACGGCAAAGGAAAUGGAAAAAUUGAAAUAGAUAAAAUUGAGGUGCAUCUAGAAAAACCGUUUCGCUUGGUGAAACAUGACGAUGGAGAUAUUUAUUUCAAACCACAAAUAGAAGAGACGACCUAUAAUUUUAAUAUUUUGGGGAAAGCGGCGUUUGAUGCUGAUAAUAUAAUGAUUGGCGAAAACAAUGCUACUAAAGACCUGGUCAAGUUUGUGAAUGAAAAUUGGAAAACGCUGAUGGAGACAUUCGGAAAACACUUUUUUGAUAAAGCUGUUGAUUUGGUGCAUAUUUUUACAAAUAAGUUUUUUGAUAAUGUUGCCGCUAAAAAUUUCGUAUUAGAAGACUUGUCAUCUUAUGUAAAUUGA